CCCCUACGCAAGAUGGCGGCUGCGGCGGAGCAGGGAGUCCGCGAGUGCGAGCGCUACGUGCAGAAGCACAACAUCCAGGCGCUGCUCAAGGAUUGCAUCGUACAGCUCUGCGUGGCGCGCCCCGAGCGGCCCAUGCGCUUCCUACGCGAGUUCUUCGAGAAGCUAGAGAAGCAGGAACAGGAGCAGCAUGAGCAGCAGCAGGAGAAACAACAGAAGCAGCAGCAGAAGCAGCAGCAGGAGGGUGGGAACGCGGCCAACGAUGUGAAUGCCGCCUCUCCCACCGCGAAUCCGGUGAUCGCCACGAGGAACCGACGCGGAGCGGUGAGCGCCGAGGUCUACACGGAGGAGGAUGUGAAGGGCUACGAGCGCAAGGUCAUCCCCAAGGACUACAAAACCAUGGCCGCCCUGUCCAAAGCAAUCGCUCGCAAUGUUCUCUUCUCUCACCUCGACGACUCCGAACGCAGUGACAUAUUUGACGCGAUGUUCUCAGUCACACACAUUGCCGGAGACGUCGUCAUACAGCAAGGUGAUGAAGGGGAUAAUUUUUACGUUCUGGAUCAGGGAGAAGUUGAUGUGUACGUGGGGGGUGACUGGGUGGGCUCCAUAGGGGACGGGGGCAGCUUUGGGGAGCUGGCGCUGAUCUAUGGGACUCCUCGUGCCGCCACCGUAAAAGCGCGGAGCGACAUCAAACUGUGGGGCAUCGACAGAGACAGCUACCGGAGAAUCCUCAUGGGAAGCACUCUGCGGAAGAGGAAGAUGUAUGAAGAGUUUUUGAGCAAAGUAUCCAUACUCGAAUCCCUGGACAAGUGGGAGCGUCUCACUGUGGCCGAUGCCCUGGAACCGGUUCAAUUCCAGGACGGGGAGAACAUCGUGGUGCAGGGGGAACGUGGGGACGACUUCUACAUCAUCACAGAGGGCUCCGCGGCCGUGCUGCAGCGUCGCGCAGAGAGCGACGAGUUUGUGGAGGUCGGACGGCUCGGCCCCUCUGACUACUUCGGAGAGAUCGCUCUGCUGCUGGACCGCCCGCGAGCGGCCACGGUGGUGGCUCGCAGCCAGCUCAAGUGCGUGAAGCUGGACCGGCCUCGCUUCGAAAGGGUCAUGGGGCCCUGCUCCAGCAUCCUCAAGCGGAACAUCCAGCAGUACAACAGCUUCGUGUCUCUCUCCGUGUGAGAGUCUCUGUGUGCAUCUAUCAGCGUCUCUGUCACUGUCCCCGUGUUAGCAAGUCUGUCUAUCAGCAUCUGUCAUUAUCCGUGUAAGAGAUUUUGUCUGUGUCUUGUCGGCAUCUCUGUUCGUGUCUCCAUGUGACAAAGUCUGUGUGUCAGAGUUUUUUUGUGCGUCUCUAAGUGUCUCUGUUAGUGUCUCCGUGUGAGAGUGUCUAUCGGCAUCUCUGUCAGUGUUAUCCGUGUGAGAGUCUCCGUGUGAGAGUCUCUGUUCAUCUGUCAGUGUCUCUGCCGGUGUCUGCGAGAGCAGCGAGUCUUGAGAGUCUGUGCGAGUAUCAUUGAGAGAGUGAGUCUGUAUGUGUAAGUGUAUCUGUGAUACUGUGUGUGUGUGAGUGUAUCUGUGUGACGCUGUGUUUGUGUCAUUGGGUUUCUGUGCGUCUUCCUGGAGAAAAGGCUUUUAUGUCUGUGUUCCUCUGUGUGUCUGUGUGCGAGUCCCUCUGUUUCUGUGUGAGUGUCUUUUCUCCGUGUGUUCGUAUGCCUAUGUAACUCGAGUGUGAGUCUUUGUCUUUGUGUCUGUCUUUGUGUGAGUGAGUGUCUCCUUUUGGGGAGUGGUGGUGCAGUUGUCGCUUUUAACGAUGAGCUCGGCGACCUAAGUUUGAUUCCCCGCCAUGGUUAAUAUCAGUGGAAAUGAUCUCAUCUUGUCCUGGGAAUCAUUUAGGUUUAUUCAGCCUUAACUGAGUACCUCGUGUGGAAUUAAACAGGAGCACCACCCCCUCAUCUUGUGCCAUGGUAGCCUUAAUAGUUGCUCACAGCAAUUCCCUCUACAAUCUGUGUUGGCUACAUGGGGGAUCUUUGUCUAUGCUUACAUGUAAGUGCAUCUGUGUGUGAAUGCAUGUGUCUGUAUAGGCACGUUCAUAUGUCUGUGCACGCGCUUUUUGUUCGCUUUGUGCGUUUACACAUAGCGUAUGCGCCGGUCAAUAUGUACGUGCAGACGCUUCCAUUUUCGAAAUGUGGCACACCACAUCCAGUAUACCUCUCUCGAACAGCUGUGGAUACUGCUAGUCACAGGUCACCGACACCAUUCUGCCAGCAAAUAUGUGCCUCUCCGUGCACACCACGUCCAAUAUUCAGUGUAGAAAUUAAGCCCUGGGUACAUGUGUUUACCUUUGUACGUGUGUAUAUUGGUGUGUCGGUCUGUAUCCUUAUGUGUGUGUAUGCAUGUCUUUGUGGGUGCUCGCUCACAGCACUUGCCCCAACAGUCUGUUAAGGCUAUAUGGAAGAUCUUUGUCUCUGUGGGGAGUAUCUAGUGUAGCGGUUAGCAUGCUGUGCUACGAACCCGGUGACCCGAGUUUCGAUUCCCGCUCACGGCCAACACCAGUGAUGAUUAUCUGAACCGAUCCCCCACCUUUCCCCUAGGUCGACCCAUCCUUAAAUGAGUGCCUGGUGUGGUGUGUAAACAAGCCCGCUGGGGAGACAAAGGCGGCCGGGCAUGGUAUUAGCCACCCACCCCCUCAUACCGACCUUCAUAGGUGCUACUUGCUAACAGCACUUGCCCCAACAGUCUGUUAAGCCGAUAUAUGGGAAUCUUUGUCUUUGUAUGUACGCAUGCGUGUCUGUGUGUAUGUGUUUACACUCAAGUCUCAGAGUGUAUUUUAACCAAACUUUGAAUCUACAAACAAGUGCCUCCGUAUGAUUUGUAUCCCAGCUCUUCACCCAUAAUUCGUGCCGUUCAUUGUCCCCCUCAUACGCAUCACGAUCGAUAUGCACAAGGACUGGUCCAUCGUACUAAAGGUUGCUAUCAUUUGGCGAUACUACAUCGCGUCAUACGAUAUUGUUAAUACGUUUCCCCAUGAAAGCAUCACCGAGCCUCAAAACCCUUUGUGAGGAGGGUCCUGCUAACUUUUAACAGUCGGGGUUGGUGUUCAGUAUUGCUCUUUGUAAUCCCAAUUGAGUAAUUAGCAGGUAAUUUAAACUUUUUACAUUGGAAUGUCUUUGGCCAAUACCAGUUACAUUGUAUGGUUGGGUUUUUACAGGUAGGAACAACAGUUCCACACUGCCCACCAGGGAUUAUUUGUCUGUCGUGCAUAGCCCCUCCCAAACAUGUACGCUCUCGGAUUGGUUGAAGUGCGUCACGUGACCGCGAGCUUUCUGCCGUGCACGAAUGCGCUGUCCAACCAAGUUUCUACCUGCCCACUCCGAAGGAACGUGUUUUUUAAGCUAUGGAAGGAAACUGGAGAACCCAGAGGGAAACCUAAUGCAGAAAGCGGAUAUGGGCACCUGAGUCGGGAAUCAAACCCUGGACUCUAUUUCUGCGAGGCAGGAAGUGUUUUCACUGCGCUGCCGCCAAGAUCAGAUGCGACGACCAUUGUCGCAUCUGAUUCGCACAAAAUAUCGCCAUAUCCUAUCUGUGGUUUGUAAAUGUUUUCCUAAAGUAUUUCAUUUGCGAACAAAAUAUUCAAGAGCGAACCAUAAUUAAAGUUGAUGAUGAUAAUUUAAGUUCCUGAAGAAAACAGCUCUGACCCAUGAAGAUAAUAUUUAGUAAAAAAAAAAUUCCGGGGUAAUUGAGAGCACGGUGAUUAUUCAACUUCACCGUUUACUGACAGGCGCGUCCUGUUACAAGCAGCUACUCGUUGUGAUGUCAGUAACACGGCUCGCGUUGAGUGACCCGCACCUGAAGGACUUUUUCGAGCAAUAUCCAUUCAUCCUGGAAAUCUAGCGAAUCACAGCAACGAUAGGAUAAAAUUUGUAACGCAAUUACAAAGUCGUGGGAAACCUGGUGUCGUGAAUAUCGCGAAAUUUGACAUCCCAAAGUAUCGUUAACAAUGAUACCGCGGUGGUCCCAGUCUGUGCAGACACUAACUACCAUUAUCCAUCGUGUACACAUGCAGCACACCACAGGUACACACUCCUGGCUUCAUAACGGAGACACUCAAGAUGCGUGGGCAUCUAGCAUUAUGGGUGAAGGCAACGACAGUAUUGUUGCCUCUUUAUAAUGAGCCAUGCGUGGCGUGCUGCCGAACUUCCAAUCGAUCGUCGCUCGUUUGCUCAACGGUGCCCGUGUGCAUUGUUUAAUGUUGCUCGUGACCAGUAGAACCGAGUUCAAUUUCGGCUCAUGGCCAACACUCGGUGAUGAUGAUCUGAGCUUCUUUUUCUGUUUAGUUUGUUGUCCUUCCCCAACACCUCCGAUUGGUUGGCAAUGUACGUUUGGGAAAAAAGUUCUGGGCUUCCACUGGGUUGACUGCUUCAAAUGAGUACCGGUUGUGAUGUGUAAACAUCACCACUAGUGCUGGCCAUCCCACCCCCUCGUGUGUCAUGCCAGCCUUCGUAGGUGCUACUCGCUAACAACACUUUUCGAAAAAGACUGUUGAGGCUUUACGGGGUAUCUUUGUACGAAUAUCAGAGGUGGGACAAAGUCAUUGUUAUGCAAGUCCAAGUCGAGUCUGAAGUCAUCAAAUUCAUGACUCGAGUCUGACUCGAGACCAAGUCACAUGACUCGAGUCCACACCUCUGACGAAUAUAUAUGUACACGGCUGGGGCGAUAGUGCGUUAAUGUUACGCGUUUCUUCGAAUGCCCGGUUUAGUUUGUCAUUGAACCCGACCUCGUAAACACCCUGGCACAGCAGCAGACAUUCUUCCAGCACUGCAAGCGGUGCCCUCAUAAUGACGAACGAACGCCCUGUGAAAGCAGAUCUCUUCUGUGUCUCGACUAAUAAGAACAAUAACCCUCGUGGUUUAGUUCCAUCAGCCUAUUGGCUUUCCAGAUCAACAGUCGGCAGCGUUUGUCUUUAACGAACCUGUGUCUACUCUGCUGAUGAACACCAGGGGGUCGUAACCGGUCCACGGUGUUUUUGUGCUUCAACAAAAACCGCUCGGUGAUGUUGGUGUGGAAAGCCAACGGGGAGGUGGCCCGAAGGACAAAGACACGUUUUUAUUUACAAGCAGAGACUCGAGCGGAGUUCUACGCACAUUGGCUUCCGUUGGCGAUCAGUGUUGGUGGAAUUUGGCUUUUGAUUUAAGUGAGAUACAAUAGUGGCGCGUGUAUUUUUUUUAUAUAUCUUACUCUCCAUCGCACCAGUGUUUACCCUGUCUGUCAAUCGACACCUGAUUAUAAUCAUUGUGUAAUGGCUGAGUAGACCUAGGGGAAGGAUAGAACACCCGACCAUUGGCAGACCAGGAAUUUAACCGAGAACUCUUCUUAAGUUUGCUCGUCAAGAGUCUCGCAAACCAUUAUGAGCCUCUCAGUGGGUGUUCACCUGGUUAAAUAAAGGACAUCAGUCGUAAGUGACCAUGCAUUUAAAUGGGACAUCACCUGUAUAAACAAAGCAGUACGUGUACUGGGCAAUGUCUAGGUUUACUCAGCCACAAAUGUACCAUAUUGUCAAACUGUCUACCUUUAAAUAAUACCUUAUAUACAGUGUGAAGUCAUUUAUGUUCAAAGUUUAUUACCUAACAGCAUACAUUUGUAUUAAGUUCAUAUAUCAUUGUUUAGCAACGUUGUAGACAUUGGCUUUAAUUAUACAUGACUCUGAAUAUGAAAGUAUUUCGAUUUUUUUUCUUAAACUUUAAUAAAAUAUUUUAAAAAUG